AUGACAGUAUAGCAUUAUUUAGUACUAGACUACUUGGACCAAUAAUAGCACAGAACUGAGAGAGCAGUUUGUUAAUAAUAAUUCACUCGCAAAAUCUCAAGGAGUUGGAAGCAAAAAUCGAGCUCUGGGUCAAUGGCAAAGAAGGGUUUGUUGAACCAGUACUUGUUGCAGCUUCAGCAUCAUCCACUGAGAACCAAGGCAAUUACAGCAGGGGUGUUGUCGGGGAUCAGUGACUUGGUUUCGCAGAAGCUCACUGGGAUACAGAAGAUUCAACUGAGAAGGCUUGUUCUCAAAGUGCUUUUUGGAGUCUUAUAUCUUGGACCUUUUGGGCAUUUCCUGUAUAUUGUACUGGACAAAAUUUUCAAGGGCAAGAGGGACUCAAAAACAGUAGCCAAGAAGGUGGUGCUGGAACAGUUGACAUCUUCACCUUGGAACAACUUGCUCUUUAUGGUUUACUAUGGGUUGGUUAUUGAGGGAAGACCCUGGACGCAUGUGAAAACUAAAAUUAAGAAGGAUUAUCCAUCAGUGCAGCUUACAGCUUGGACGUUCUGGCCAGUUGUUGGGUGGGUGAAUCACCAGUAUGUGCCGUUGCAGUUUCGUGUCAUUUUCCAUAGCUUCAUUGCAUUUGGCUGGGGAAUAUUUCUGAAUCUACGAGCAAGAUCCAUGGCAUUGACAAAGGCGAAAUGAAAACAAGGAAAUUGAGUCUUCAGAUGGGACAAAUGCACAGUUUGUGCUAGCUUAUUCUUUGUGGCUCAAAGAUGAUGUCUAAGCAUUCAUGUAUUUUUAAAUAAUUGAAUAUCAAUCCUGACUCUCUGUGUGGUAUCCGUGGAUUAUUUAUCAAUGAUUUCAUGCUUCACUAAGCAUUUGUCA